AUGGAAAAUGAAAUACAAGAAAUUCAACAGAACAUUCCAGAUAUUAUGAAUGUCUUAGCAAAUAUGACUGAAUUCAAUUAUUAUGUCCUCAUUCCUUUUAAUGACGCAGAAUCAGUCCAGCCUUUGGUGACAACGAAUCCGUAUAAAUUGAUGGACUCCUUGAAUGAGCUCCGAGGGUCUGGAGGUAAAGAAUGUCCAGAAGAUUCUUUAUCUGCCAUACAAAAAGCUUUAGAAAUAAGCGAACCGGAAUCAUAUAUAUUUUUAUUUACUGACGGGAAUGCAAAAUAUGUGCAUCAAUUGUGGACUAUCGAAAACUUGUGCCGAGAGACUAGGAGUCAGAUCGUCAUAUUCUUGACUGGCAGUUGUUCUGAUAGAGAUCCUGGCGGUGUGGGACAUAUCGACGUAUACUAUCACAUUGCAAGAUCAUGCUCCGGUACUGUAUUUAACAUCGCUGCGGUGAACAUAAGAAAGGCCUUCAAGUAUAUAAGAAAUAUUGUGAAGACUGAUUACAACCGUAUCGUAAACCACGAACCGUUUGCCGGUUACAAAGAAUUCAACGUGGUUCGUGUAUCGAACCUUAAAACUGGAACGUAUAGAGCAACCGCCAGAUCUCAAGGAUCAGCCUACGUCACAUUCUAUAUGAGAAACAAAUUGAGAUUCGAAUAUGGGUUCUCACCUAUGUUUCCAAACUCAUUAAAAGAGACCUGCCUACGACCGAUGCCUGGCCGGACAAAUUACAUAUUAAUAGCAUUACCAGAAAUUGAAAAUUUGAAAAUAAAUGAGGCAUUAUUGGAUUUCGUCGGCAGCAACCUAACAAAACGUGUUAUGUUGUAUGAACACCCCACCCGUAAGGGAUGUUACACGAGCAGUGUCCUUCUGGAGCCUGGUAAAGCAUUUAGAAUGACGAUUAUAGGCAAAAACAUCACGACAUACAGUGAUAUAACAGGAUCGACCAUCAUUAUUCAAACACAAAACCAAAAUAUACAAGCGAAAUAUUCGUCGCCGACUUCAGAAAUAAUACAACCUGACACAGCUUUAAUUGAUUACGAGACUAAUGCGACGUUAGUUUGCAAAGUCAGAGGUUACCCGAAACCACAAAUAUGGUGGGAAGAUGAAAACAGAAAUACUCUUAAGUCUGAGGUUAGUGCAUAA